UUGAAUCGAGGACAUCCGAGAACUCUCUCCUGGUUCUCUCUCAGAGAACCUGUCUGAAUAGUCUUUCCGCUAAGAACAACAACCUGACUAUCCUCGAAAACAACAUUUCCGUCCUCAACUCGGAUCUCUCGGAGCUGAAUCGAACGCACUACGAUCUCCGUUAUCAGUUCAAUCAGCUCGAAAUGAAGUACAGAAACAUCACCGAAAACAAAGCUCAGAUUUGCCAAUACCUUAUCAGGAGAACAGUUGCAGAGCAAACGUGUCCGCAAAUCUGGAUCAAAAAUGAAGACCGGUGUUAUUUCAUAUCCAAGAUCGCAAAUACUUAUGAUGGAGCGAGACAACAUUGUUCAGAACUUGAUUCAGGGCUCCUCGAAAUAAAUUCAAACAAGGAAAAGAAUUUUGUUUCUAAUGCUGUCUAUCAAUCUGUAUCAUACUGGAUCGGAAAAUGCGCAGACAGAAAUGUGGCCUCUGAUCUUCUGUACAAGAUAUCCUAUGGGUCGACCAGCUGCAGUAACUGCGGCUCGUACGGGAGUUAUAAUUGCAAAUGGAAACACAGAUUCAUCUGCGAGAAGUCGGCACAUUUAGACACGGAUAUUCCUGAAGAGAUCCAAGGUUUCUGUCAACAGCCCGUGGGGCCGAGUUCAAUCAACUGACUGCACCUCACUUCUCGCCAUUCAAUCUGCCCCACUCUCAAACCAUUUCUACAUCUCCCCCUUUCUACUGUUUUUCUCUUUUUACCCUUCAUCUCUCUAAAUCAUUCCCUUUCCACCCCUCCUCUCCCGAUCGAACCCCAGUCUCUGCCUCUCCUCUCUCCGUUCUCUAUACACACUCUCAACCAAGGGGGAAAAAGACUGCACAUUCACCCUAUCUGUGCCCCUCCUGGCUUCAUACCCACGCUCCAACGAAUAUAGACACAUCCUUCUUGUCUUCUCUCCAUAUCUCAGACGCUCGAGUCCCGGGAACAUCCUCGGAAUGCUCCCUCAGACACUCUUUCCAGCUCAGUGACAUCUUUCCUCCAUGAGGGCGACCGGAACUGAACACUGCUCUCCAAACGCGGCCUCAGUGACGCCUUGUACAACUUCAACGUGAGCUCAGCACGGUGAAAAGUUGUAAAAUUAACAUAAAUUGGGGAA